AAUAUCCGUUUGACCAAAACUUGAGGAAGUGAAAUAUCUUCAAGAUCUGGUCUGGAGGAACUACACGUCAUCUUAGAGCCUUCAGCACAUUUGAGUCUGACAGUUUUCGAGCUGGUGUCUGAGAAAACUAAAUUUAUUUCCAAAUUUAUCCUCACUGAUGGUCCCACAGCAAGAAAAUGGCUGAAGCUGAAGUUCUUUAUAAUAUUAAGUCCACAAGAGCGAGGGGAAACACAGAUGUGGCCACACCCUCUACAGAUGAACCCACUUAUUGUAACAUCAAUUACUCAGAAACUCAGCGACCUGGCUCCAAACAACCUGCAGCAUCAAACAGGCGAUCGGGGGUCACAUCGGAGCGAGUGGCCCUGCUGGUCCUCAGUGUUCUCCUGGCAGCUGCAGUCACAGCUCUUGGUGUAACCCUUCAUGAAAAUACUCAAACCAAGAAGAGUCUCCAAAAGAGUCAAGAUGAGGCAAAAAAUCUCACAGAUGAAACAUGUCCGAGGUGCGAGGACGGCUGGGAGCCACAUGGAGGAAAGUUGUACUUCUUCUCCUCCUUUACUUUAAGCUGGAAUGAGAGUAGAAGACAAUGCAAAUCAAUGAGAGGAGACCUGGUUGUGAUAAACAGCAGAGAGGAGCAGGAAUUCCUGCAGACUAGAGUGAUGGAAAAAAUGGACAAACCUGAGGACAAGUUCUGGAUCGGACUGACAGACUCACAGAAAGAGGGUGAAUGGCUUUGGGUGGACGACACACGACUGGAUCCAAGUUUAACAUUUUGGCGUGAGGGCGAGCCAAACAACUGGACAGGGGAUAAUCCUGAUGGACAGGAUUGUGGGAGGAUGGGGGAGAAAAACGGAGCCAAGGACCUGAAGACCUGGAUGGACAGAUCCUGUAGAGUGUCUAAAAAAAGUAUUUGUGAGAAACCAGAAAAAGCAUGAGCCUGAAUCCAGUUGGAUCAGAUUGAGCUCGAGUCCUCAGCCACUUUCACAAACUGAGGCAUGAAGCUUUAUUAAUGAAGAUCUUCUCCAGAAAUAAACAACUUUGAAUAAUAUCUAGAGUCUCAUAUGUUCUUCAGUUUCCUUGUUAUUUUAAAGUGAUGUCUACUCCUCCCUCAUAUAAAAUCUAUGAAUAUUAAAUAUAAUAUAUAAUA